UGUGGAAAAUUGUAUUGGUAAAAGGUAAAUGAAGCAAAAUUAUAACUGUAAUGCGGCGCCUCGUAUUUUCUUUUUCUAGGAAUAUUAUAACAAUGAAUUGGAUUACACAUUUGCUUACAAUGAUUAAAUAAUAAUAGUAUACUUGAACUGGAGAAGUAUUUUCAGAUUAAUAGAAGGAGUAUAAAAGACUUUAAUAUCAGCUUGUUAUUGGACUAUAGAAGCCAUAAUUAAUCAUAAUGACUACUCAAUAUAUCGAGCAUAAUGAAUUAGCCAUCCCCUCAAAUGAUACAAAUGAAAUGGAUAAUAAAGAAAUAAAAGAAAAGAAUUACGACGAUUCGGAACAGCACUAUAAAAACUGGAAGAUAUUCAGCUACAUUCUCUCUAUAUCGAUGUUUUUUGUUUCUUUAAUGGCUUUCGUUAAUAUACGUGUGGGUCUUGAUAAUAUCAGUCAAUUACAAUAUGAAUCCUUAGCUAGGGAUUACAUUUUUGAAAUUUCAUUGACAAGUUUAAAUUUUUCGGUUUGUGGUAUUGGAUUGGUCGUUUCAAUAAUCCUUUGCUAUAUUACAAUGUUUCGAUCUUCAAAUGGACUGAGUUUAUCGAAACGAAAGAACCUAUUCAGGUUUCUGAUUCUACUUCUAUGGUUGAACUUUGCAAAUAGUCCGAGACACUCUAAGAUAUUACCACUUAUCGUAUUGUUUAUCCUACAUGUAGCUUUUACGUUUUACCUUAAUGUAUGCUAUAUCGAACUGAUUCAACGUACCGGAUAGCUAAAUCAGACCAUUUGUUUAGUGCUUUUAGAACAGUGUACAACUUCAUUCAUUUAGAUACUUAUGAUUAGGCUUUAGCCUACUAAUGUAAAAUGUCGUUCAAUCAAAACGACAAAUAUCUCUUUUCAGAAAUUUUCCUGCAUAUCAUUUUGAAAAAUAUCCAUCUUAAGUAUUAACAAUUGAAUUAGACUAUAAGA